GGGAGGAGCGGAAGCCACUGUCCGGGGACAGACUCCCGCGCCUGUGAGCCGCGGUGCAGGCUAGGCGCGCGCCGGGACGAGCCUGCGGUCGGCCCUCCGGGAGGACCGCAGCCGCUCUCCAUGCCUGUGUGGUGCUGCCGCUGCUCCCUGGCCGGUCAUUUCAGAAACUACAGUGACACUGAAACUGAAGGAGAGAUUUUUAAUUCUUUAGUGCAAUAUCUUGGUGACAAUUUGGGGCCAAAAGUUAAAGGGAUGCCAUUAGUUGAAGAAACUUCUUUACUUGAAGAUUCAUCAGUGACUUUGCCUAUGGUAAUAAUUGGAAAUGGCCCUUCUGGAAUAUGCCUUUCAUAUAUGCUGUCGGGCUACAGACCAUAUUUAUCAUCUGAAGCAAUACAUCCAAAUGCAAUCUUACAUAGUAAGCUAGAAGAAGCACGGCAUCUCUCCAUUGUGGAUCAGGACUUAGAGUACCUGUCCGAGGGUCUUGAGGGACGGUCAUCCAAUCCAGUGGCAGUCCUUUUUGACACCCUUCUUCACCCAGAUGCUGACUUUGGGUAUGACUCCCCGUCCAUUCUGCACUGGAAACUGGAACAGCAGCAUUGUAUCCCUCACUUAGUUCUUGGUAAGGGCCCGCCUGGUGGGGCAUGGCAUAAUAUGGAAGGCUCUAUGUUGACAAUCAGCUUUGGAAAUUGGAUGGAGCUCCCUGGACUUAAAUUUAAAGAUUGGAUAUCUAGCAAGCGAAGGAACUUAAAGGGGGACCGUGUCAUGCCAGAGGAAAUAGCUCGCUACUACAAGCACUAUGUAAAGGUCAUGGGUCUUCAGAAGAAUUUCCGGGAGAAUACUUACAUAACCUCUGUAUCAAGACUCUAUAGAGAUCAAGGUGAUAAUGGUAGUCAAGACAGAGAUAUUUCAGCAAAGCAUUUACAGAACCAGAAGUCAAAAUUCAUCAAGAGAAACUGGGAAAUCAGAGGCUAUCAGCGAGUAGCCGGUGGCUCUCACGUUCCCUUCUGCCUCUUUGCGGAGAAUGUAGCUCUUGCAACUGGAACGUUGGAUUCUCCCGCCCAUCUGGAAGUCGAAGGGGAAGAGUUUCCUUUUGUAUUUCACUCAAUGCCUGAGUUUGGAGCUGCUAUAAACAGCGGAAAGCUUUGUGGCAGAGUGGAUCCAGUGCUGAUCGUAGGUUCCGGCCUUACUGCAGCUGAUGCAGUGCUCUGUGCUUAUAACAAUAAUAUCCCUGUGAUCCACGUGUUUCGCCGACGAGUAACUGAUCCAAGCUUAAUUUUCAAACAGCUUCCCAAAAAGCUGUAUCCUGAGUAUCACAAAGUCUAUCAUAUGAUGUGUACUCAAUCAUACUCUGCAGACUCAGAUCCUUUAUCUGAUUAUACCAGUUUUCCUGAGCACCGUGUGCUUUCCUUUAAGUCAGACAUGAAAUGCAUUCUUCAAAGUGUCUCUGGAUUGAAGAAAAUAUUUAAGCUGUCCGCAGCUGUAAUCUUGAUAGGUUCUCAUCCUAACCUGUCUUUUCUGAAGGAACAAGGGUGUUACCUAGGCCGUAACUCAAGCCAGCCAAUAUCAUGCAAGGGUAACCCCGUGGAGAUUGAUGCGUACACCUAUGAAUGUGUUAAAGAAGCCAAUCUUUUUGCUUUGGGCCCUUUGGUUGGAGAUAAUUUCGUUCGAUUUUUAAAGGGAGGGGCAUUGGGUGUUACUCACUGUUUGGCGACAAGACAGAAGAAAAAGCAGCAUUUGUUUGUUCAAAGAGGAGGAGGAGAUGGGGUAGCUUAAAGUUCACAAGUAAUUUAAAUGGACACUUAACCAUUAAAGAUUUUUUUAACAGUGGUUUGCAGUGUAUUGGCCUGAAUUAACUGGAAGAGCCUCCAGCUGUCUCUCUUCGAAAGUUAACAAAGCUUGGUGUCCCAAGUUGUAUUCAAGUGUGUCAAAGGUGUCGCUCUCAGACAAACCCAAACACUGCCAACCUGGUGUACUCAUGCUUUCAUUUAACUAGAACAUUCUUUUCUAACUUGGCAUUUAGAAAGCCAGGCAUUCAAACAGAAAUCACACUUAAUUCACAUUGGGUCACCUUAGUGCUCGAGAUGGUCCAAGAGACAGCAGCAUCAGCUUCCUCUGCAGCUCAUUAGGCAUUCAGACUUACUACACCUUCAUAAGAACGCCAAGGAUUAGAUGUGUAUUCAUUGACGCUUGAAGUACACUGGUCUAAAUGAAAAUGGGCUAUAAAUAUGUGUGCUGAGGUAGGAUAGGAGGAAGCAUUUACAACUCAGGUUUUAUUUAUUUCUAAAUUAUCAGUUAUAUAAACCUAAUUUAUUAUCAAAUAUGAUGGUCUUUAAAAAUAUUUUUACAAGUUGAAAUUGUGACAGAUAGGUACCUGACAUCUUUAACUUCUCAUAAUUUAAUAUUUCAAUAAUGCUGACGUGCAAGAACCCACCAAGAUACUUUUUAGAGAUUUAUUCUGUUUAGCCGUCAUAACAGCUAAUGAAUCUGAUUUGUAAUUCAAUAAAUUGUGGAUGGAACUACUUACCCUUGUGUGAACACUGAAUUAAUUUCUAUUAAUGAAACAGGAUUUGGGGCACGGUAAAUUGUAAAAUUAGAGUAUUGUUUGGGUAUUGGCAGAAUUAUUACAGGUUAAUGUGGAAAGUCAGAUUGUGCCCUUUUCCAUUCUCAAAGUGGCUAAUCUGAGAUCUGUAACAGUUUUCAUUUGUAGGAAAUGAUACAGCAGCCCACAGUGGUUAUUAGAGUUAUCUCCUCUAAGAGUCUUAAUUGCAUUUUCACAUAAAUUGUAAAAUGUGUUGCUGCUAAACAAAGCCAGAGUUCUUGGGAAA